AUGGAAUCUCCAGAGCUUCGUCAGCGAAAGCCGGCACCUGGCCUGAAAGGUGAUGACGUGGUUGAAAAGCCUCGAGGCUUCAAAGACACCGAGCCGCGCCUCAAGCACGGCAUUCCUAUGCAGCUCCUUCGUUCCUUGUUACUUGCAACAUGGUUCAAUUGCUGCUGUAUCAUUAUCUUCGCGACCCAGUUGAUCGGGUCUCCGCUUUAUUUCAUAAACAAGGACUAUUAUUAUAGUUACAUGGCUCUGACGAAACAAUCAUUUGGCUUGGUUAUAACAGCCCUGACACAAUGGGGCUGUCCAACAUAUGUACGCGUCAGUGGGGAUGAGAGUGUGCGAGGUCAGAUUCACCUGUGUAAGGAUGGACGACUCAAGACCGAGUUUCCCGAGCGUCUAGUCUUGAUUGCCAAUCACCAGGUUUACACCGACUGGAUCUAUUUUUGGUGGAUCGCUUACACGAACCAAAUGCAUGGCCGCAUCUUCAUCAUUCUCAAGGAAUCACUCAAGUAUAUUCCAAUCAUCGGGCAGGGUAUGACAUUCUACGGUUUCAUUUUCAUGGCCCGUAAAUGGUUGUCCGACAAACCUCGACUACAACAUCGUUUGGAAAAACUCAAGACCCAAAGGUCAGGUUCCAAAUCGGAAUCCCCGCAAUAUGACCCCAUGUGGCUCCUGAUUUUCCCAGAAGGCACCAACCUGUCGCCAAAUACGAAACGACGGAGCGAUGAAUACGGCCGGAAGCAGGGGCUACCGCCUCUGAAACAUGAGCUUCUUCCUCGGUCGACCGGUCUCCUAUUCUGCCUACAGCAGCUGAAGGGAACUGUCGAUUGGGUAUAUGACUGCACUGUUGCGUACGAAGGGCCACCGAAGGGCAGCUAUCCCGACAAGUACUUUACUCUCCGAUCCACAUAUUUGCAGGGAAGGCCUCCGACCUCCGUCAACAUGUACUGGAGACGAUUCGCUAUGUCCGAUAUUCCUUUGGAUGACCAAAAGGAAUUUGAUAACUGGCUCAGGGCGCGCUGGACGGAAAAGGAUGAGCUACUUGACGAAUUCUUUGAAACUGGGAGGUUCCCAACUGCCCUGGCUGGCAGCAUUGACGCUGGGGAUGUGGCCGAUGUACAGAGAGAGGCUGCCUCUAAGGGCUUUGUAGAAGCUCAUGUCCGGCUACAUCACUGGACGGAGCUUGGGCGGAUUUUCAUGGUACUAACAGGCAUGGCGUUUCUUUGCAGAUUGCCCAAGGUUUUUGGGCUAUGGGACUAG